AUGGAUUACCAAUAUCAAGGUUUCAACUACGAGAGCUACCCUGGGGGUAGUGCUGUGGUGGAACACCCUCCUGACGAGCAGUACAACUUUUACACCGCUCUAAUAAAAACCGAGGAAAAACCCGAGACGUACGUGUACGAACAGAAUAAUUUCGUGAUAAACGGUGAGAGCGACAACCAGGAGUCGUGGUAUUCCCCCACGUCUAGCAGCAGCGAUGUUCCUGAAGAAGAGAGAUGCAACUUGCAAGAGUUGACAACUGUGGUGCCACAGAUGAGCGCGAAUGUUAUACCGCAGGAGAAUUACGCCUAUAACAACAUAGUUUACGCCGCUCCUGACAAUUUAAAUGGCGCGCAAUACAUGCUGCCAUCUGUAUCGUACGUGCAACCACAAACCUACACCACCUAUGAAGCACCAUACAUGAACCAGUACGUGGCACCUAUGGUAACCAACGAACAAGUCUUAACCCCGCAAAAUUCGGAACCGCAAGGCGAUCUAGUGACCCAACCUUACUCCUCAGAAGAAUCCAACGCCUCCGAAUACUUCUCUGCAUACGAGCAACCCAUCGAAGAUAGCGAGUCGGAGAAGUUCAAGUGCGCGAAGUGCAACAGAACUUUCACGAAGGCCUGCUACCUAACGCAGCACAAAAACGCGCAGCACAACGACAAGAAGCUCUUCAAGUGCGGCAAGUGCGGUAAGAAGUUUGCUUCGCAAGAUAUCCUGGACGAGCACUCUGAAAAGCAUUCGGAAAACAAACCGCACAAGUGCACCAUGUGCAAGAAGCAGUACAACUUCAGGGCCGACUUGACCAGGCACAUGUUCGUGCACAACAAAAAAAACAGCCCUUUUGUGUGCACCGUGUGCAACAAAGGCUUCGCGCGGAAAGACCACUUGAAAAAUCAUUACCUCGUGCACACCAAAAAAACUGCUGUCAAGGUUAGCAACUCGUAA